AUGAGCGUUCCCUCCAUACCCCUAGAAACACAAGAAGUGCCGGAGGAGCAAGAACAGCAAUAUGUGCAUGAGGUUUAUAACGAAAUCGCCUCCCAUUUCUCUCUGACCCGGUACAAGCCUUGGCCCAUAGUUGAAAAGUUUCUACUGGAACAGCCUGACUACAGUCUUGGUUUGGACGUUGGAUGCGGCAACGGAAAGUACCUUGGGGUCAACAAGAAACUAUUUUGCAUUGGCCUGGACCGCUCGGACGGCUUGGUCGAGUGUGCCAGGGUGAAUAGUGAAAACAAGUUCAACCUAGCUGUCGCUGAUGGCUUGCAUUUACCGCAUCAGAAUGACCGUUUUGACUUUGCUAUUCUGAUAGCAGUCAUUCACCACUUUGCCAACGAGAAGAGAAGAAUCGAAGCCAUUGAACAUAUUCUUUCCAAACUCCGAGUUGGUGGACGGCUUUUGGUCUACUGCUGGGCCCUCGAACAGGAAAAGUCGAGAAGAGGGUACAAGGAGGGCGACGACCAGGAUAUAUUGAUACCUUGGGUUUUGCAAAAGAAAACUGCAAAGAAGUCCAAGAAGGAAAAAAGACAGAAUAAUGACACAGAGGAACAAAAGGAGGAGGAGCAGCCCGAGACCAAAUAUCGUUACUACCAUCUUUACAGGAAAGGAGAGCUCGUGGAAAAUGCUGAAAAGGCUGGCGGUAAGGUGGUUGAUCAUGGGUAUGAAAAGGAUAACUGGUGGGUAAUCAUGGAGCGUGUUUGA